UUACUUUAAUAGUGUUUGACAGUGAUUGUGGUUAUUCAUUAAAUUUUUAUAAGCCAUCGAGUUUUGUGAAUUUCAACCAAUAUGAGUUCCCGGAAAGGGUUGAAUGUUCAUGAAAUUAUAUCGAUCUUGGAAGACGAUAGUCUUACAAUUUCUGCUGACAUUUUUAUCACGCCACCUGGAAAUGAUGAUUUGAGUGAUGAAGAUAGUGGAAGCGAGGAUGUAGUGGAGAUUAGUAAUCUAUCGCGUCGCCAGUUGUUGGCUGAAGCUGAGGUUCGACGUACGGUUCCAUCAUCAGAAGGAGUUCUAGAAACGGUAGAAGAUAUUGAUGAUAUAAAUCAGAAAGGAGAAGAGGAACAGCCAUCCACAUCCCAAGCCGUUGAACAUCCUGCAAAGAAAGCUAGGACUAUAUUCAAGAGGAAGUGGAAGCAGAUGGAUAUAACAGCAAAACCUGAGAAGGAACACUCUACAUCUGAGUUUGUUUUAAAUAAAGACAAUCCAUUAGAAUUUUUUGAGAUGUUUUUUGAUGACGAAGUAUUAGAACUACUGCGUUCUAGUACAGAAAAAAAUGCAAUUGUCAAAGGACAUGUAAACUUCAGGCUCACCAUCGAAGAAGUGAAGAAUUUUAUAAGAAUUUUACUGUUGUCUGGUUAUAAUAGUGCAUCACGUUACAGAUUAUACUGGGAUCAGAAUAUUGAUACUCAUCACCCUGGAGUUACUUCGUGCGUGACCCGUAAUCGUUUUGAAGAGCUUCUUCGUUUUUUUCAUGCAUGUGUGUGCAAAUAA